CUCAGCCUGUGUGGAUUACAGUUCAGUGAUAGCGGCACUCGGCUCAGGUAUCCUGCCUGUGCAUUGUUUUUUUGUUGUUCAAAUGGCGUGUAGAGGAUGUUGGGGCAGUGAGAUUUUAUUAUCUUUAGUACUAUUUUUGGUUGUAUGUUCAUUUUGCCAUGGCACAAGACUUACAAAGCUUAAGGCAUUGGAUAAAGCAAGAGGUAAUCCAACAGUUAGCCAUGGUGAAAAUGAGCAGCGUGAAUUGCAUCCUGGAAAACUCUUGAUUGGGCAGAAUCCUCUUCAAGGUGCUGAGGACUCCGAGAACCUACUGGAAAUUGAUACAGGUUACCAGGCAGACAUGGGUUGGGGGGAGUCCAAGCAACCUGAUGGACGUGAUCAUGGCUUGUCAAGACAGAGGCGAGACUAUGCAGCAGUGAAACAUCUCCUUCAAAUGGAACCCAAGGUUGAAUGCACUGGAAACUCUAUGAAGCUUCAAGUCCUAGAUGCUGCUUCCACCCCUGGAUCUCUGUUGUUUGUUGACAGGGGAAGUCGCCUUUCUCCUCUGCCACUGUCCAACUUGCCCGCAAGCUGUGGUUACUCCAUCAGGUCAACACUAAGAGAUUUGGUCUUGGUUGCACCAUAUGAUGGCUGCUUUGUAGCGCUGGAGGAGGACACUUAUGUACUCCCACUGCGCUGGGGGGGUUUACCAGUAAAGAUGUCGUGCCCUUUGAUGAAGCAGCCUUCACCCAACCCUCCAAUCGUCACCUGCCAUGCUGAGAACAUGGUAGUGAAAAUGGACUCGACUACUUCUGUUGCAGAUAUAAAAGUGAAGUUGACAGGUGACUGGGAGCCUUUGAUGACUGCCUCGCCGAGAUGUGGGUUCAGUAUUGUUGCUCAUCCUGAAGGCGUGGUCAUCUCUGUUCACUAUGCACCCUGCCUGAAGACAAAGGAUGGCAUGUAUACACUGGAACUGGCUGGAGAUGGAGAGGCUAAAAUAUCCUGUCCAUCAAUGUCACCAGCUGAAACCACUAAGAAUCCUGUAAAGGACCCAAACCAAGAAACUGGAGCACCAACCCCGGCUUUUGAGCCACCACAGACUGAAGCCCCUCAGACACCAGCUGAAAUGCCUACUGCCCCUCAAGGUCAAAAAUACGAUCCAUUUUACCACUACUCCUUAUACCCUCAGCCAGAAUCUGACAAUAAACCAGCUACAAAUCCCCAAAGACCACCACAGCCUCAGGGCAAAGUACACCAGAUAUUCCACACUCAACCAGAGUCUGAAAAAACAACUGCCCCCAAACCUUCACAGCCUGAAGUAUAUCAGCCAUUCAACCCCGACUACUAUCAACAAAUGCCCACUGUUCCACCAAAACCACUAAAGCCAGAAGUUACUUGGGGCCAAAUGCACCAGCCAUUUUCCCUCAACACACCUCCUGUGCAGCCACAGCCUGAAGACCCUCAGGAACAUGUUCUCCAUCCAGUUUACUACCCCCUCUACUCUCAACCUGAAGAUGAACCCACUGCACCCCUUGAACCACCAAAGCCUGAAGUUCUUCAGGGCCACGCACACCAGCUGUUUCCCUGGAAGCCAGCUGAGAGACCAACUGCAGCUCCUGUGCAGCCACAGCCUCAAGACCCUCAGGGACAAAUGCUCCAUCCAGUUCACUGCCCCCUUCAGUCAAACCCUGAAAAUAAACCAGCAACAAAACCCAAUGCACCCCUAGAACCACCAAAGCCUGAAGUUCUUCAGGGCCAAGUGCACCAGCCGUUUCCCUGGAAGCCAGCUGAGAGACCAACUGCAGCUCCUGCACAGCCACAGCCUCAAGACCCUCAGGGACAAAUGCUCCUUCCAUUCUACUACAAUACGCCUAAACCAGCAACAAAGCCUAAAGUUACUCGCGGUCAAGUGUACCAGCCAUUUCCCCCCAAGCCAGCUGAGAGGCCAACUGCAGCUCCUCCACAGCCACAGCCUGAAGACCCUCAGAGCCCUGUAUACUGCCCUAAAUCUUGCCCAUCUGGAUUAUCUAAUUGUUGUGUACAAAUUGCUUUUCAUCAACAUCUGCAUCACAUUGUACCUGCAAAGGAGACAGGUCAAGUCUAUACAGGUCUGCCAUUCCUCCCUACAGGGGUUUAUUCUGGGUUUGACCAAGGUUUGGGGUUUCCUCCGCUUCCUCAAAUGCCAACCACAACUUCCACCUCUGCACCUGUCGACUCUCAGCCCAUUCCUUGUAAAAAUAGGAGGCAGCCACCAGAUUCCAACCCUGAUGCCAUGAGUGGUAGUAAUCCUAGAAACCCUACAAAUCAACAACCAAGUUACCCUUAUGUUGUACCUAACCCAUUGCCUCAGUGGCCAAAUGAAUAUCUACAGAAAUUACCGAGACACUACAGUGGGUCCUCUCAACCACAAACUCGGAGUAAUCAAGUGCAACAUGGCCAACCUUCAGCUGAGGAGCAAAAUAAACCAUUGCCAUCCAACAGCAACUCCAUGGGCUCUGAAGAGCUCAGACAUAAUCAAGCCCAGCAUGAACCUUAUAAUUAUCUGGUCCCUCCCUACCUGCAAUAAGGUGCUCAGGCACCUAACCAUGGGAUCCCUAACCCUGCCUCACAACCUUUUUGUCAGUGGCUCAAAGGAAUCUGAACAAAGGAGUGAUGUGCUUCUCCAACAUGGUCCACCAGGAAGGUAGACAACUGGCUACAAUGGACCACCCCUGCCUGCCAGAGACCUCUUUCAUGGUUCAAACCUCCUCGCACAAAAUCUUGCAAGGCAUCAAAAUAAAAUACAUCUUCAAAAUGCAAAGCCCCCACAGGAGAAACCCCAAUUUCCCAAAUAGAUGGGGAGAGUACAGUCUAAUCCCUUACCCCGGAAUACAGACUACAUGCAAAGACCUGGUGAUGGCUCAAGCUUGUUGCAUCACUUCGCUGCACCGGUUGGCCCUCAUUUUUUGCCUUUACCCCAGGAUCCCUCUUUCAGCUCAAAAUUCUAAGCCAAAACUCCGACUUCUGGACCCCCACAGCACUACUUGACUCAGGCAAAAUAAUUCCACCUCUGAUUCCUGCAAAGGCAUUUCGACAAUAGAGUUCUGCAGUUAACCACCCAGCAAAUGGACUUCACCAACCCAUUCAGGGAGAAGGUGAAAAUUGGAAGCAGAAAUGAGUUGCCCUCAAUAAAUGAUUGAAGCAUA